GUUGCAAGACCGACUGUUUGAAGACACAUAUCAUAGCAUUCUUAUUAGCCUACAAUCUUGAGACUUCAUAUAAUUUCCUACCCUUUUCAUAGAUAUAUUUUCAACGCAAUGCGUCCAAUCCUUGAGACCCCGCAAAGGAUUUUGUUCCUCACCACGCAACAGCCCCAUACGAUAAGGGCAGAAUGGCCAUUUUAUCAAAACUACGAUUUGCCCGGUCUCCUAUUGGAGAAAGGAGCCCAGGUCACGCUCAAAUGCUGGAUGGAUGAGGAUGUCGUGACAGUGCUCAGUCAGUUCGACGUGGUCACCUUCCUUUGGUGCAAUGAGUACUAUAAACAUCCCAAGAAGUUUUUCGCCUUUCUUGACAAAGCGGAAAAGUUGGUGUGGAGCCUGCCAGAUGCCCCUCUGUCCAACAUUCCUCGCAUCAUCAACAACACAAAACUUGUCCGGUGGAAUGCGGACAAACGGUACUUGCUGGAUAUGGAGCAGGAAGGCUUCAUUAUUCCUAAGACCAAAAUCGUGGAUCCUCGGAAGUACAGUGUAACUGAAUUGAAUGCCCUGGUGCAUGAAUUCCUUCCGUCGGGGUCCGUGGUCCUGAAACCAUCGAUAUCUGCAUCCUCCACGCUAACCCGGCGGAUCACAAACACAUCAGCACUUUCAGCGGAUGACUUGACCUUCCUCGAGCUUUGCACCGUUGGGGGUCUCCGGAGUUCUUUGCUGAUUCAGAAAUUCGAACCUGCAAUCUCAACGGGAGAGUAUUCAUUCGUCUUCGUGGGUUCUCAUCUCACCCAUGUCAUGGUCAAAUCCCCGCAGAAAGGAGACUUCCGAGUCCAGGACGAGUAUGGUGGAUCCGCUAGGCUAGCGAACCUCCUCGAUAUCAAGCUACAGAGUCUCCAAGUGGCUCAGAAUGUUUUCAACUCACUUCAACGCCGCUUCGGAUACGAGUCCACGGAGGGCGUGAGCUCCGGGGAGAUUGGCUACGUGCGGAUUGACGGUCUCAUCACGGAGGAUCGGCCAUUCGUUUUGAUGGAGAUCGAAGCCAUCGAGCCCCAUCUGUGGCUCGAGACCGGAAAAGGAAUCUCCGGGAUGCUGUCCCUCCUCUUGGAAGCAUCAUAAAACCCCAGCUGCUUAUAUUUGACGCACGCUACGUGUGGACAGGUGGUUGCUGCCAAUAAUUGCAAGGUGGUGUGGAUCGAAGGAAAGCGCAACGUUCUCACUGGGUUCAGAGUUGGUGUUAGAAAUGUGUCAGAGUUACCAAUCAGCAUUAGUAAAAUCCUAGCAGACCUUCACGAUCACA